CUGAUUAAGGAUGUGGUGUCAGUGAGUGAAGCUACAGACUGGUCUACACGGGGGAACACGGAGGCCCAGUACAAAGCCCUGAGAUGUCAGAUAUCACACGUCCCUGGGGGUCUCCCUACACCGGUCAAAAACAUCCUCAAUCUGAAGGAUGGAGAUGAUUUAAAUGUACAGAACGUUUAUGCCGUUCAUCGUCCUGGUGAGAGUGAGGUGUUCCGGUCAGACUUGGAUUCUAGACUUCUCUUUCAUGCAUCCAAUGUGGAGAAUUUUGUAGGAAUUCUCUCCAGAGGUCUGCUGAUGCCAAAGGUCAUCGUCGAUGACUACGGAGGGAAGAGAACUGACCCUGGAAUGCUGGGAAAUGGAAUCUAUUUUGCCAGUUCUGCCAGCACAAGCAUAAAGUACUCAAAGCCAAGUAAAACAAGGAAUACAAGAAUGAUGCUGGUCAACCUGGUGGCUUUGGGGAAUACCCUGGAUGUCUAUAAAUAUCAGAGGGACCUGACUGCGCCCCCCAGUGGCUAUGACAGUAUUCACGGAGUGGCGGCGACUGAGAAUGUAGAAUCAGACUUUACGGAUGAUGAGUAUGUGGUGUACAACACAGACCAGCAGAUGUUGAGUUAUCUGGUGGAGUUUACCGUCGGAGGGGAGGUACCAGGGGAGUUAUCAAUGGAGGAGGAAAUAGAAAGGGAGACAACUGACUCAGACUCGGAUGUCGAUAUCAGUGAUGUGAAAAAUGUGACUGACCCUCUGACCAAGGUCAAGGUUGGACUGGUAUCCAAUGACGACACACCUGUGUCCCUCAUAGAAGCCCACAUUAGAGCCAAACUGAUUGACCUGGCAGGGGAGGUAGUGGUUCUACAAGAGUACCACAACAGUAGUGAUAAAGCUCUGGAAGCUAAAUACGUCUUCCCUCUGGAUGACAUGGCCGCGGUCUGCGGAUUUGAGGCCUUCAUUAACAGUAAACACAUCAUAGGGGAGGUGAAGGAGAAAGAGACCGCCCACAAAGAAUACAAACAGGCCAUAAAGGAGGGGCAUGGGGCUUAUCUAAUGGACCAAGAUGAGGAAACUCCAGAGGUAUUCACAGUGAGUGUGGGAAACCUCCCCCCUAAGGCUACCGUCAUCAUUAAGAUAACCUACGUCACAGAGCUGCAGGUCGACGGGGAACUCAUCAACUUCCGACUCCCGGGCAGCGUGGCGCCAUGGAAACAGAAGUAUGUCGACGCCCCAGAAUUCAAAGACAAGGACUGGGAUACAGUACAGGUUGAGGACACAGACUGCAGUGUACAGGUUUAUGUCGACAUGCCUUUUGACAUCAGAAGUCUGGAAUGUCCAACUCACAAAAUACUUGUAAAGAGAACGGCCACUAAAGCCAUGGUGGAGAUGAAGGAGGACCAGACAAUAGAAGAUGGCUUCCAGCUUCUGAUUGGUCUAGCUGAGAUCCACGUACCAAGGAUGUGGGUGGAAUCAGACGAAGGCCAAGAUUCACAGGCCUGUAUGCUGACCUUUUACCCUGAGUUUGAGGCAGAGGAGGAGUCAGAGGUCGAGGUCAUUUUGAUGAUUGACAGCUCCAACUCCAUGAAAGGCUCAGCCCUCCAACAAGCGAAGAAAACUGCUCUCCUGACCCUGCACCUCAUGGAGUCCAGCUGGAGGUUUAAUGUCUUGUCUUUUGGAACAGCUUUCCAAGAGCUUUUCCCAUCCAGCCAGCCCGCCAGUAAAUUCAACAUACAAUCUGCAAAACAGUUCAUACAGAGGCUGCAAGCAGACGAGGGUAACACAGAACUUUGCCGACCUUUAAACUCUUACUACCUCCUAAAACCAGAGAGUUACACCAGGAAUAUCUUCCUUAUUUCUGAUGGGCAUAUCAACAAUGAGGAGACAACUCUGUCCAAAAUCUCCCAAAAUUACCAGCACACCAGGGUCUUUACAUUAGGGGUCAGCUCUGUUGCAAAUCGUCACCUACUGAAAGCUGUGGCCAGAGUAGGAGCUGGGUCAUUUGAGUUUUAUGACUCCAAGUUCAAAUCCAAGUGGGAGGAAAAGGUCAAGUCGCAGUUACAGAAAGCUGCCCAGCCAGUGCUGACCUCUGUGUCUGUUGAUUGGCGCCAUGACGACCAGCACCCUGCCCCCAUCCAAGCUCCACAGCAAAUAACAGCUCUGUUCAGUGGGUCCCGCCAAGUCAUCUACGGCUUUGUGGACAACUGUUACAUGGCAACUCUGAAAGCAGAAGUCGGAGGUCAAGAGAUAUUAACUGUUGUGUCGACCUCUGACCUUAGUGUCACAAAGGGCAAGAUGCUGCACAGGCUGACUGCCAAAGGUGUGAUUAGAGAUUGGGAAGAUGGAGUUCUCUCCCCUGAUAGAACAGGACAUGAGGUGAGGAAAAUGAACCUGAAGCAGUAUAUUAUAGAGUUGAGUAAGAAGUACGCCAUUGUCACGUCACUCACCAGCUUUGUCGCCAUUGAGAAACGAGAAAAGGAUGAGGUGAUUCCCGAAGAUGCUCCAGAUGUCUGGGACCUCCUGGAAAAUGAGGACGUGGAUCAGCUGAAAUAUUUAUCAUGGGAAGGAGAGGAGAAUGAGAGUUCAGAGAGUUCAGGGGCUUCAAGCGAUGAAGGAGAGAUGGAAGAAGAAUAUUCGUCGGGUGAUUUAUUUGAUGAUGCAUACAUGUACAAAGCCUUUGAAUUUGCAGAGUCUUCUGAAUCCAUAGUAUGUUAAGUUGUUUUCA